AUGACUGACUCGUUCACUCCGCGAAGAGCACAAAAUAAUUAUGAUCGUUAUCCAUCACCAUCAAUUGUUGACAAUGAUCGAUAUACACCACCAUCAUUUGAAAAUUCCAAUAGAAAAAAACCAGAAAUAUAUCAUAUUGGAGGAAAAAAUUAUCAGAAACCAAUUGAUGAUGAACCACCAUUUAGAUCAUCUUCACCACCCAUUAAAAGUUCUUAUCCUUCAACUAGUAAUGGUCCUGAAUUGUAUCAUCUGAAAGCUGUAGAAAAUCAUGAUAAAAUUCAUGAUCGUCAUUCACCAUCAGUAUUUUCUAAUAAUACUCGAGUUUCACCAAUACCUUUAUCAAAUUUUUCUGAACGAAAAAUAGAAAUGUAUCAUUUAAAAACUACUAACGAAAAUGUUAGACGUUCACCAUCUAUUACUAAAAGUUAUGAAAAAACUACAUUUAAUGAUAAUAACAUGAAUUAUAACAAUUAUGGUCAACAAAAAGUUACUAUGUAUCUUCUUACAUCAACAGAUCGCGAAAAUCUACCAUUAUCACAUGCAGAACAACGUAGUCCAUCUCCUCCUAUUCCUGUCAGCAACAGAUCAGAACCUGCUUAUAAUGAUAGAGUCGAUGGGCUAAAUAUACGACAUCAAUAUCCACCAGCAGCACUUCAUACUGUAUCGACAAAUGCUCGUUCUAUACCAUUAUCACAGUCCAAAGCAUCAGAAAGUAUUCAACGAAGUAUGAUGAAAUAUCGAUUCAAUGGCUAUUGA